CAUAAAGGUUUUUGAUGGUCAUUCAUCACAUCUCAUAGAAAAAAUAUGAACUUGAUAAAAUAUUUAGUUUCAAAUUUCUUUGGUCCAAAAAUGUGGAUGGUCUUUCUUCUUAUUUGCGGUUUGGUUGAGGGAACUCAAUCUGCCACAAUGACAUCUCAUCAACUUCAAAUGGAAGCAAAUGCUAUAUUAAAUAGUGGAUGGUGGAACACUUCUUAUGCAGACUUCAAUAUCUCUGAUCGUUGUCAUGGGCAUGGUAUAUUUUGCAACGAUGCUGGAAGCAUAAUAGCAAUUAAGAUAGACUCUGAUGAUUCUACAUAUGCUGCGUGGGAGUAUGAUUAUAAAACACGCAACUUGUCUACUCUCAACUUGGCUUGUUUCAAAAAUCUAGAAAGCCUUGUUAUAAGAAAAAUUGGACUAGAAGGGACUAUCCCAAAAGAAAUUGGUCAUCUCUCUAAACUCACUCAUCUUGACAUGUCUUACAAUAAUCUUCAAGGCCAGGUACCUCAUUCACUAGGAAACCUCUCCAAACUCACUCAUCUUGAUUUGUCUGCCAAUAUUCUUAAAGGUCAGGUACCUCAUUCACUAGGAAACCUCUCCAAACUCACUCAUCUUGAUUUGUCUGACAAUAUUCUUUCAGGUGUAGUACCUCAUUCACUAGGAAACCUCUCCAAACUCACUCAUCUUGAUUUGUCUGACAAUCUUCUUUCAGGUGUAGUACCUCAUUCACUAGGAAACCUCUCCAAACUCACUCAUCUUGAUUUGUCUGACAAUCUUCUUUCAGGUGUAGUACCUCCUUCACUAGGAAAUCUCUCCAAACUCACUCAUCUUGAUUUGUCUGUCAAUCUUCUUAAAGGUCAGGUACCUCAUUCACUAGGAAACCUCUCCAAACUCACUCAUCUUGAUUUUUCCUAUAAUUCUCUCGAAGGUGAGAUACCUAAUUCACUUGGCAACCAUAGACAAUUAAAAUACUUAGACAUCUCUAACAACAACCUUAAUGGUUCCAUCCCUCAUGAGUUGGGAUUCAUUAAAUAUCUUGGUUCAUUAAAUCUAUCUACAAAUAGAAUCUCAGGUGAUAUUCCCCCUUCCUUGGGAAAUCUCGUAAAACUCACCCAUCUUGUUAUUUAUGGCAAUUCUCUUGUAGGUAAGAUACCUCCUUCAAUAGGAAAUCUUAGAUCUUUAGAGUCCCUAGAGAUUUCUGACAAUUACAUUCAAGGUUCCAUCCCUCCCAGGUUGGGGUUGCUAAAAAACCUCACUACAUUACGUCUAUCUCACAAUAGAAUCAAAGGUGAGAUACCUCCUUCACUAGGAAAUCUGAAACAAUUAGAGGAGCUAGACAUCUCUAACAACAACAUUCAAGGUUUCCUUCCUUUUGAGUUGGGGUUACUGAAAAAUCUCACUACAUUAGAUCUGUCUCACAAUAGACUCAAUGGAAACCUGCCUAUUUCUCUUAAAAAUCUCACACAAUUAAUAUACCUUAACUGCUCAUAUAAUUUUUUCACUGGUUUCCUUCCAUAUAACUUUGAUCAAUCAACCAAAUUGAAAGUUUUGUUGUUAAGUAGAAAUUCCAUUGGUGGGAUCUUUCCAUUUUCAUUAAAAACCCUUGACAUUUCCCACAAUUUACUCAUCGGUACGCUUCCUUCCAAUUUGUUUCCAUUUAUUGAUUAUGUAACUUCCAUGGACCUCAGUCACAACCUCAUUAGUGGUGAAAUACCUUCUGAGCUUGGAUAUUUUCAACAACUUACUUUAAGAAAUAAUAAUCUCACUGGAACAAUUCCCCAAUCUCUCUGCAAUGUCAUUUAUGUGGACAUUUCAUACAAUUGUUUGAAGGGUCCCAUUCCAAUUUGUCUUCAGACAACGAAGAUGGAAAAUUCUGAUAUAUGUUCAUUUAACCAGUUCCAACCUUGGUCACCACACAAGAAAAAUAAUAAAUUAAAGCACAUUGUUGUCAUUGUUAUUCCGAUGCUUAUUAUUCUAGUCAUAGUCUUCUUACUUCUCAUAUGUUUUAAUCUUCAUCAUAAUUCUUCUAAGAAGUUGCAUGGAAACUCAACAAAAAUAAAGAAUGGAGAUAUGUUUUGUAUAUGGAAUUAUGAUGGAAUGAUAGCAUAUGAUGACAUAAUCAAAGCGACAGAAGACUUUGACAUGAGAUAUUGUAUUGGAACAGGAGCAUAUGGAAGUGUUUACAAGGCACAAUUACCAAGUGGCAAGGUUGUUGCCUUAAAGAAACUUCACGGCUAUGAAGCAGAGGUUCCAUCUUUUGAUGAGAGUUUCAGAAAUGAAGUGAGAAUUUUAACAGAAAUAAAGCACAAACAUAUUGUGAAGCUUUAUGGAUUCUGCUUGCACAAAAGAAUCAUGUUUUUGAUCUAUCAAUACAUGGAUAGAGGAAGCUUAUUCUCUGUCUUGUAUGAUGAUGUAGAAGCCAUGGAAUUCAAGUGGAGAAAAAGAGUUAACACUAUUAAAGGAGUUGCAUUUGCUCUUUCAUAUCUUCAUCAUGAUUGCACUGCUCCAAUAGUGCAUCGAGAUGUAUCUACUAGCAAUAUCUUGCUAAACUCUGAGUGGCAGGCCAGUGUUUGUGACUUCGGCACAGCUCGACUCCUUCAAUAUGAUUCAUCCAAUCGAACUAUAGUUGCUGGAACUAUUGGAUAUAUAGCUCCGGAACUUGCCUAUACUAUGGCUGUGAAUGAAAAGUGUGAUGUAUAUAGUUUUGGUGUAGUGGCACUUGAAACUUUAGCUGGAAGGCACCCUGGGGAUUUAUUGUCAUCACUUCAAUCAACAUCGACACAAAGUGUCAAACUAUGUCAAGUAUUAGACCAGCGUCUUCCACUUCCAAAUAAUGAAAUGGUUAUACGUAACAUAAUUCAUUUUGCCGUUGUUGCCUUUGCAUGCUUAAAUGUCAAUCCUCGUUCUCGACCAACAAUGAAAUGUGUGUCGCAAAGUUUUGUCACCGAGCUUCCACGAUUAAGUAUUCCUUUCAGUGAAAUUUCAGUGCAGCAACUAAUGAGUGAAGAACUCAAAGCAUUGUUUUAUAUUGCGAACCCUUGAAAGAGAACUUCAGAAUGAAUUAAGUUGAGUGUGUUAUUAUUCAAUAAUAAAGACAUUGCCUUUUUUUCCCCAAAAGUUGUUGAAAAAUGCUGUAAAACUUUGUUGUUGUGAUACAUCAAACAUAAGUACAUAUGUAUUCACAUUUCUGUUUUUGUAUAAAAUUGAAUUACUUCUGUUUCAA